UCCCUCCCGCGCCGGGGCCGCCUGCCCGCUGCCGCCUGCGAAGCGCUGACACCAGCCGCGGGCGCAGGGGGACGCGGAGCCGGGCGGGUGGGGUUGUGCUCGGCGCUCAGCCCCCGGCAGCAGCAGCACUAGCCGCGCUCCCAGAAGUCAACAUAAGGCAUUUUAAUGUCUGUCUAUUGGCACUGGAGGGUGAUCCUAUGUAAGGAAACUGGCAGCUGCAAUUGUUUCGUAACAGAGAGCCAGUCGAAUGAGGAGAAAGAAGAAGAUAUUGAGCCACAAAUUGUGGUAUCGGACAUCAUCCAGCUUGUGCGAGAGAAGCAGCAGGUGCCAGCAAUGCACGCAGAAGAAAUCAUGCAUCAGGAUAUCAUUCCCCUCUGUGCUGCAGAUAUUGAAGACCAGUUAAAGAAGCAAUUUGCCUAUCUGUCAGGUGGCAGAGGAGAAGAUGGUUGCCCUGUUAUCACAUUCCCAGACUACCCAGCUUUCAGCGAGAUCCCAGAGAAAGAGUUUCAGAAUGUCCUGACAUAUCUAACUAGCAUUCCAAGACGUAGCUCUCUCUGCAUUCAUGAGUUUGUUGGAACUGUCAGACAGCGUCGAGCUAGUCUUGAGAGAUGGGAGAUUCUGCUUCCACUGAGUUCCAGAACUGCAGCACAGGCAAAUUUACAAGAUGCUGGAAUUGGAUUUAUCCUUGUCAUAGAUCGAAGGCAAGACAAAUGGACCUCUGUGAAAGCCUCCAUACUGCGAAUAGCGGCAUCUUUCCCAGGAAACCUGCAGCUGGUCCUUGUUCUGCGCCCAACAGGAUUUAUCCACCGAACUCUCUCAGACCUCGCUUUCAAAUUCAACAGAGAUGAAUUUAAAAUGAAGGUACCUAUCAUAAUGCUGGGCUCAGUAACAGAAUUGCAUGGUUAUAUUGACAAAACACAGCUAACAGAAGACCUUGGUGGCACUCUGGAUUAUUGUCAUAACAGAUGGCUCUCUCACCGCACUGCCAUAGAAAGUUUCGCCCUAAUGGUUAAGCAAACAGCUCAAAUGCUUCAGUCCUUUGGGACCGAAUUGGCUGAAACAGAACUACCAAAUGAUGUACAAUCAACCAGCUCCCUUCUUGCAGCACAUAGUGAAAAGAAGGACAAAAUGAAGGAGGAUUUGAGGUUAGCUUUAAAACAGGGACAUGAUAUCCUUGAAAGUAAUAGAAAGCCAGUUGCUGAGAACCCUGACUACAAACUCAACCAAGAUCAACUUGACAAUCAAACCACUGUGGAAAGGCUUCUGGCUCAAUUAGAUGAAACAGAGAUUGCCUUUGAUGAAUUUUGGGCUAAACAUCAACAAAAGCUUGAGCAGUGUGUACAGCUUCGGAAUUUUGAACAAACUUUUAGAGAGGUCAAAGCAGCUUUGAGUAUUGCAUCCGAGAGGUUAUCAGCUUUCACAGAUGUGGGAAACAGCGUUUCACAUGUGGAGCACAUUCUGAAGGAUCUUGCCAACUUUGAAGAAAAAUCACGUGAAUCCUUAGGAAAAGCUAGGGUGCUAGCUUCUCAAGGUGACCAGCUUGUUCAAAACAACCACUAUGCUGUGGACUCCAUUCUUCCAAAGUGCAAUGAGCUCCAUCAUCUCUGUGAUGCAUUUGCUACAGAGACAGAAAAGAGGAGAGGUCUUCUUAACAAAUCUCUGGAACUGCAUAGUCUAUUGGAGAAGUCCAUGAGGUGGUGUGAUGAAGGCAUUUACCUGCUAGCGUCACAGCCUGUAGACAAAUGCCAGUCCCAGGACGGUGCAGAAUCAGCUUUGCAGGAGAUUGAGAAAUUCCUGGACACAGGGGCAGACAAUAAAAUCAAGGAACCGAAUAAAGUUUACCAACUAUAUGAACCCGUUUUCAACCAGGACCUAAUGGAACAUGUGCAAAAAGUUUUUCAAAAGCAGGAAAGCAUGGAAGAAAUGUUUCAAAAGAGACAAGUGAGCCUUAAAAAACUGGCAGCUAAGCAGACCCGUCCAGUUCAGCCAGUGGCACCAAGACCUGAAGUCUUUGUAAAAUCUCCUUGUGUCUCUCCAGGUCUUCGAAGAGGCUCUGACUAUGUGUCCAACACAGAAGAUAACAUGCUCCGGAGAAUGAACUACAGAAGACUAAAAAAUGAAAUGAGUGAAAUCCGUCAAAGCAGAGGUGGAUCUGUGAUGGAUGAUGAAGAAAACCUAGCUGUGUUACGAAGCCAUGUAAUUAAUGAACUUAUUGAAACUGAACGAGCAUAUGUGGAAGAACUUCUUUGUGUUCUUGAGGGGUAUGCGUCAGAGAUGGACAACCCUUUAAUGAUGCAUCUCAUUUCACCAGGGCUCCUAAAUAAGAAGGAUAUUUUGUUUGGGAAUAUGGAAGAAAUUUAUCACUUUCACAACAGAAUAUUCUUGAAAGAACUAGAAAAUUACAUAGAAUACCCAGAGCUGGUGGGAAGGUGUUUUCUGGAAAGGAUGGAAGAUUUCCAGAUUUAUGAAAAAUACUGUCAAAAUAAGCCCCGAUCUGAAAGCUUAUGGAGGCAGUUUUCAGAUUCUGCAUUUUUUCAGGAGUGUCAGAGGAAACUGGAUCACAAGCUGAGUUUGGAUUCCUACUUACUGAAACCUGUUCAGAGAAUAACCAAAUACCAGUUACUGCUGAAGGAAAUGCUGAAAUACAGCAAAAACUGUGAAGGAGCUGAAGAUCUGCAGGAGGCAUUAACCUCUAUACUAGGUAUUCUCAAAGCAGUCAAUGAUUCCAUGCACCAGAUUGCCAUUACUGGCUAUGAUGGAAACCUGAAUGAACUAGGCAAGCUUUUAAUGCAAGGAUCCUUCAAUGUAUGGACUGAUCAUAAAAAAGGUCACUCAAAAGUGAAGGAUUUGGCACGUUUCAAGCCAAUGCAAAGGCACCUGUUCCUCCAUGAGAAGGCAGUGUUGUUCUGUAAAAAGAGAGAAGAAAAUGGAGAGGGAUAUGAAAAAGCACCUUCCUACAGUUAUAAGCAUUCCUUAAACAUGACAGCUGUUGGAAUAACAGAGAAUGCUAAAGGUGACUCAAAGAAAUUUGAAAUCUGGUAUAAUGCGAGAGAAGAAGUUUACAUCAUUCAGGCACCAACUCCUGAAAUUAAAGCUACCUGGGUAAAUGAAAUUAGAAAAGUGUUAACUAGCCAACUGCAGGCAUGCAGAGAAGCUAGUCAGCACAGAACACUAGAACAGACACACAGUUUAUCUAUACCUGCACCAACUUGUACAAGUCCUUCAAGGAAUCAGGGAAGAACUGUCAAAAAAGUAGAAGAGAGAAAAACUGAUCCCACAAGUCCAGAAGGUUGUGUCACCUCAGUAGCACCAAAGUACCCCGAGAAAGGCAAAGAUGAUACAGUAAUUAGUUCUACCUCAGAAUGCUCUGCACUGUCAAAAAAGCGCUUUACACUUCAGGGCUUUACUAACCUCAAAAGUCAGAAAGAAACUCCAUCUCCUACUGCUAAAAACCAGACAUUGCCAAUGAUCCUUCUGACAGGACCAGCUUCUCCUACCAGCCCUGACAAAAAAGCUAAACGACAUGAAGUAAAGAGUGAUCCAACUCCUUUUGGUUUAAGAGAUGCAAGUUCAGUAUUAACAUUGGACAGGGCCAAAUGGCUCAGUACUUCUAAUCUUCUACCAGCAGCCCAGCGCAGGCAAGGUUGGGCUAAAACAUCUCAUUCACUUGAUGCCUCUGAAGAAAAUGAUGGUUGGUCUAGUGCUGAGGACCCACUUAAUUCAUCAGAUGCAGAGGAAGAAGAAGGAGAAGAUGGAGGAGAGAUUAAGCUGACUCCUGGUAAAUACACCGUUGUGACUGAUUAUGACAAAAAAGGUUCUGAAGAUCUUGCAGUGAAAAGUGGAGACCUCGUUCAGCUGAUCCGUGAAGGGGAUGGGGAGGACAGAAUUUGGUAUGUGAAGAAUCUGAGCACGGGGAAAGAAGGUUUGGUGCCAGCGAACAAUUUAUUGAUGCUCAUAGGCAACUCAAAAUCAGCUCAGUCUUUAAGCAGCUCUGAAUCAGGCACUGGAUGCAGUACUUUGAGUUCAUCAUCAAGUUAUAAUGAAAGUUGCAAUGCUGGCAGCACCAGCUUCUGAGACAUCAAGGGCUAAUGCUAACAUUUCCCCAAGUCGCCUGUGAACUUCCAGCAUCUUAUGCAGACUUCUGAACGUUGGACUGAAAUGGAGAUCCAGUAUCUAUGUGUUGUCUGUCUCAUGUUUUAAAUGGUGAUUUACGGAGCCAUCCCUAGGAAGAGCUCAGUGAAAAGUAUGUGGAAUCUGAGAUUCUAAAGAAAAGUAAAUGAUCUGAAAUGGGAUCUUCUAGAAGCUUCUGAUCUGAAGUCUGAAUCUCAACAUACAUUUUCCCAUGGAUAUUGCCAUCAGAUUUCUACAGACACACCAUUUUACCACAACCAGAAGAAGAACAGGACGAGACAGGAAUGUGUUCCUCUGUGGUAAAUCCUAUUGUAAAAUAAUGAAAUAAAAAUAAUUGUAUAAUAUAGAAAUAAGGAUAAGAAAUCCGAGUUUACAGUUCACUCUCCCAAAAACCUUUCUGUAAGGAUACUUCUGGGUUAAUGCAGUAUAUGGAGUGUCUUUUACAAUAACCGGGAAUUAAAUGUAGGUCCAGCCAUUCUCUUGUCUUGAAUUUUUAGCACUCUGCUUUCUGCAGUAAAAUGCAUCUUCACAGGCUAUGGUGCAAAAGAAAUGGACAAUUCACUGACCACAACAUCAAAAGAAAAGACUAUUUUAUCUUUUCCAGCAUUUUUUACUGUGUCCAAUGGCCAUUUUUGCGGUAUUUUGGCCUCUGAACCGAGUUCUUUACCAAGGAUCACUGUGUUUACAUAACAUUGGCAAUUUAAUAGCAUGUUUGAUACAAAAUUAUUUUUCAUUACUAAGGUACACAUUGAAACACAAAACGUUUGUAUUACUUAAGUGAUUUCUUAAUGAUUUGUAAUACAAUGUGGUUAUCUUCAGUUCUAACAGUUAGAAGAUGGUUGCAGGCAAAUGAAACUAUGCUAGCUACACUGUAAUGCUGAAGAUUUAUUGUGAGAAUUAGAAACCUGAACCUUUUAGCUAAGGAUGUAUGUUUGUAGAUUUACUCAAAAGGAUUAAAAAAUUUAAACAAUUGUGUAUUUUUUUCUAUAAAAUGGGAGGGUGGGGGGCAAUAACUUUAUUU